AUGUCGAAGAGUCAAAUCAAACGACUCCAUCAACAACAGGAACUGGAGAAAGCAGCGGCGGUAGUGAAUCAAGAAGACGAAGAUGUGGAGCCAGUAGUGGUGCAACGGAAAGGGCCAGCGAAUCGAUUUGCAUUUUUCGAUGAGGAAGAUGACGUGGCAAGUGAUAAAUCGGAAGAGGCAGAUGGAGUAGACAAUAAUGGUCCAUCGACAUCUGACGCAAAAGCCAGUAAGAAUAAAAAGAAGAAGAAUAAGAAGAAGGAAAAGAAGGCGAAGCAGGAGCACGAGGAGACGGAAAAUGAGAUGUUGGCGAGGCUCGCUAAUUUGAAUAUGCAAGAGAAGCAAUUGGCUGCGACAGAGGAUGCUGAACCGCCUCUCCUAAGCGAACUGUUGAAAGUCGAAAUAAAAAUGUUUGAUAUAUUCGGAGAACUGAAAAGAAAGCUUGGGAAGACGUUCAAGGAUGUUGUCAUCGAUGAAAACGAUGAGAAUAAAUGGCCACCGGGGAAAAGAGCAACCGGGCGAAUUCUGAAGAACAAGCCAAGAUGGUGGCCGGACAAAAGCAAUGGUCUCUCCAUGGAAAUUGUGCAACCGGAUCGAAACAAGAGCAGCAGCAUGAACACUUGGUUCAAAAUUACACACAACAGUGAUUACGGAGAGAGGGAGAGGAUGUUCUUACUGGCUGAAGCUGGUCAUAAUGUCGAAAUAAUUCAAGACAUCUUCGCUUCGAGUCCAUAUCAUUUGAAUUGUCUUCUGAUGAUGGGUCAUAUGAGUCGAAUGAACGAUGACUUGAAUACCGGAGCUGAUUUUAUUGAACGCGGAAUCUGGUUCGUCGAUCAACACUCCCAUCCCACCUUCUCCCCAUUCAACUGGACCCAUCGAAUGAGUUAUUUGGAUUUUGAGAACCGCGCAUUCUAUCUACUACUUCAUCGUCAUAUGCUCAACGCAGCUGGCAAACGAUGCUUUGAGACCGCGUUCAAUACCGGAAAGCUGAUUUUCAAGCUGGAUCCAAGUCAUGAUGCUCUCGCUAUGCUCUCUAUCAUCGAUACAUACGCUUUAAGAGCCAAACUAUACACGUGGAUUGAGCAGUUUUAUUCGGCGGCUUGUGACCUCAAAAAUCUGGACAGCCUGCCAAAUUGGCAAUAUUCCAAGGCUCUUGCGAAAUUCUUCCUGGCUAAAACCGACGAGGAAAUGGACCAAGCUCGUAAACUUCUCUGUGAAGCCAUCCGAAAAUUCCCGUCCGUCGUCGCUGCAUUGUUGGAUCUUCUCCAAAUUCAUCCUGAUUCUGCUGUCAUGAAUUGCAAGUUUUUGACCGCGGCUUCUGCGGAAAGAGAACCGGACAGUCUCAAAAUUCUUGUCAAAAUCUACGCGAAGCAGACAGAAGAGAUUUGGAAGGAUCCAGCAGUGUUGCUCUUCUUGGAACAAUCCGCCCAGGCAGUUGCCGCGACACAAUCUCUUUCUGAAAGAUUGGAACUUGAAGACUGGGCAGAGAGACGCCCCAAAUACUAUAGUGGCCGCUCCCCGAACGUCGAACGUUUGGCUCAAUUGCUCGAAGUGCUUCCAACGGCAUCCAUCUCCAACCCAGUACCACCGAAAAACGGACGUACUCCAUAUAAGAAACUCUACGUACCAAAUGUUCCUAUUCGUCCCGACCAAAGCCUUGUCGCAGGCCUUCUACAGUCGAUUGCUCCAUAUUUCGACGGAGAGGAGACAUUCUACAAUCAAUUGGCUCGUUAUGGAAAUGAAUUUUCCCAAUUUCUUUCUCACCGAUUUCUUGCCCGGGCACCGGUGGAUCCAGAAGAAGUGGCCAUUGAAUGGGCGGGGCGUCGAGAGGAAUUGGAUGAAGCGAGACGAGAAGCAAGACGACGUCAGAGACAGCAAGAAGCCGGUGAAAUUAUCCACUUGGAUUCAGAUGCUGAGGAGCCCCGAGGAAAUCAAGACGGCCAGAAUAAUUGA